ACUGGCAAAUUCAAAUUUAUGAAUUCGCCCCGGAAGAACACGAAAUCUCAUAAACUACCCAAAAUCGGACUAUAAAUGCAAAUCCUCGAUCCAACGAAUGUGAAUUACCAAAUCAAGACCCCGGAAAAAUGUCGACGCAACUUGAGACCCACAGAGCAGAUGCCGAGAUCUACCAUGGCGACGCUAUCUGCAAGCAAAAAUCUCAAGAACUUCUCGAUCAAUUCUUUCUUCCCCGAGGACUUCUCCCCUUAAACGACAUCCUCGAGGUCGGCUACAAUCGGACCUCUGGUUUCAUCUGGCUCAAACAGCAGAAGAAAAAGGAGCAUCGAUUCGUCGCCAUCGGACGCACUGUCUUGUACGACACCGAGGUUACCGCCUUUAUCGAGGAGCGCCGCCUCCGCCGCCUCACCGGAGUUAAAAGCAAGGAGUUCUUCUUUUCGAUCACCGUUUCCGAUAUUUAUAUUGAUGUACACAACACGAGUAGGAUCACGUUUGGUACUCUGACUGGAAUUUCAAAGUCUUUCCCGGUCUCUGCGUUUCUGAUUGAAGAAGAAACUGAUCAGAAGAAGUAAAAAUUAUUGGGGAUUGAAGGAAACGAUCGGUGAAUUCUACUAAAUUAUGAGUCAAUUCGGGUAAUUUGAUGAUACAAAUCUAUGUUCGCUUAAAACUAGGGCACAGAUCCCCUGCUUAUUUUAGUUCAAAUAGUAUGAAUUCAGUUGCAGAAAAGUGAAAUUACUCUCUGAAUUAAAUUUCAGUUGUAGAUUUCAUGUA